AUGGAAAAUAGGACAGAAGUGACACAGUUCAUCCUGCUGGGACUGACCAACGACCCAAGUCUGCAGCUUCCCCUCUUUGUGACCUUCCUGCUCAUCUACAUCAUCAAUCUGAUUGGGAACCUGGGGAUAAUCCUGUUGAUUGUCUUGGACUCACGUCUCCACACUCCCAUGUAUUUUUUCCUGGGCAACCUGUCUCUGGUUGACUUGUGCUACUCUUCAGCUGUCAGUUCCACAGUCAUGGCUGGGCUCCUUCUUGGAUACAAGGUCAUCUCCUACAAUGCUUGUGUCACCCAAAUGUUCUUUUUUGGAGCCUUUGCCACUGUGGAAAACUACCUCCUGGCCUCGAUGGCCUAUGACCGCUAUGCAGCAGUGUGUAAGCCCCUGCACUACACCACCACCAUGACAACGAGUGUGUGUUCAUACCUGAUUGUAGGCUGCUAUGUCAGUGGAUUCCUGAGUGCCUGCAUCCUCACUGGGAACACAUUCAGUCUCACCUACUCUAAGUCCAACGUGGUCCAUCAUUUUUUCUGUGAUGUUCUAGCAGUGAUGGUUCUCUCUCACUCUGAUAGACAUGUGAAUGAACUGGUUCUUAUUUAUGUAGCCAGCUUCAAUAUCUUAAUUGCUCUCCUCAUAAUAUUAAUAUCCUACAUAUUUAUUUUUAUCACAAUCCUAAAGAUGCGCUCAGCUGCAGGACAUAGGAAGGCUAUAUCCACCUGUGCCUCCCACUUUACUGCAGUCUCUAUAUUUUAUGGGACUCUAAUCUUCGUGUACUUACAGCCCAGCUCCAGUCACUCCAUGGACACAUUCAAAAUCGCAUCUGUGUUCUACACUAUGGUCAUUCCCAUGCUGAACCCUGUGAUCUACAGCCUCAGGAACAAGGAGGUCAAGAUUGCAUUCUUAAAAGUCAAGAGUGUAUUCAUUUGUUGUGAGAAGAAUAAUCUUUAG